AAUCAAAACAAAAACAUACAUAUAUAGAUUUGCUCCUAAAAAAGAAACAAAAGUAGCAAUGGGUUACAAUCAAAUUGUGGUGGCUCUCCUCCUCCUGGCCACGGCGACUCCUCUUGCCUACGGCCUAAUCCCGAGCUUGCCCGGCCUAAUCCCGAAUUUGCCCGUCCCAAUCCCGAAUUUGCCCGGCCUAAUCUCGAAUUUGCUCGGCCUAAUUAAUGCGGCCAACGUCACGGGAAGAAUCUGCUGCACACCCACUGGAAACUGCGACAAUGGGUCGGUAGGGAUCCCGGGAGUUGCGGUGAACCUGAACUGCACCACUCCCUCAGGGUCGGUGAUGACACUCGCCCGGGGCAUCACCCGCCUUGAUGGAACCUUUGCCCUCCUUGUGAAUAAUAUAAAUAACUUGUUAGGCUUACAACUCGGCGGAAUCACCCGACUCCUACCACAAUGUAGGGUCGUUGUUAGCCUUCCUCUCAAUUCCACAGUCUGUCCCGUCCUCAGCACGGGGACCCUCGCACUUACCGGCGCUACUGCUCUCGUGAGCGUCGUCCAAGACGAGGUGCGCGGUCUCGUUGGAAAUUUCGCUACGUUGGUGUUUUCCAGAGUCUCCGUUAAUACUUAAUUAAGGGGUGGUAAUAUUACAUACUAUCAUAAAUAAAAGUCUUCUCUAUUUAGGCACGAGAUAAUAAUUAAAAUGUAGAAAUCUAAGCAAGGCACUAACCAUGCUUAUAUGCAUGCAUAUUAUUGUACUUUGUUUUGAUGCUUCAUUUUGUGAACAAUAAUAAAUCAUGGAGGAUAUUAAUUAUA